CACGCACGCACGCGCACCACGGACGGACGGAGCAACACACAACGGCGCGGUUACAACACUCCCGACUACACCGAGAUUGUGUUGGUGAUUAAUCAAAAAAAGGCCGUUCGCGAAAAUGGCCGAUGGACGCGAGCCACGGUUGUUUUCCACGAGGAGCCUAUACCAGUUGUGCGUGUCCGCGGUGGUUGACAGGUUCCGCAUCUACAAGCCGUACCUCGUCGACUUGCCCAAGAGCGUGCGGUUCGAUCUCUAUUAUCAGUUGUACAGAGAGAGGAGAUUAUGCAUACUAGGGGCGGAAUUAAGCGAUCUGGAGACUUUCUCCAAGAUGCUCAAGGUCACCAACCGUCGACUACACCUCCUGAGAAUAUUCCAGGCGCCAAUGGAUCACAAGAUAAGGAUAGCGAAACACCUGGUCGUCAGCUACAACAUGUACUGCUUUCCAGUGAGGGAGAGCCCCACGCCGCAGGAUAAAUUGAUAAAUCUAGGUUUGAGACUCGGCGGGUUCCUCAGCGACGCCGGUUGGUACUCGGAAAGUGAGGAGGUGUUGUUGGCCUGCAAACAACUAUGUAUGGCUCACAAUCAGACCCCCAAGGAUUGGUGUAGAACGUUAGAUUGUUGUCACAAACUGUUACAUGCACAAGCGGCGUACUGCCAUUUCGACGGAGCUGCCGAGACUCACCAGCUUGCCUUGGAAAUGAUAGAAAAGUUAAAAAGCAGUCCGUACGAUAGCAACCACGCUGCCCUUUUUGCAGAGUUCAGUGUAUUAUUCUACAUACGCAGCGAAUACGAUGAAGCGUACAGAUGGAGCAUAGAGGCGUUAAAGCAAUUAAAAGAUUCACUUCCCGCGGGGGUCAUCGUCGACGUUCUGCGACAAGCGGCGAAGUCGUGCGUGGUGAAACGGGAGUUCCAGAAAGCUGAUUUACUGAUCAAAGAAGCCGUGUACCUUGCGCGAGAAGUAUUCGAUACGGAUCAUCCAAAGUAUAGCGACGUUCUCAUCGAUUACGGAUUUUUCUUACUAAACUUCGAUAGCAUCAGCAAUAGUGUAACAAUAUACAAGACUGCGUUAGAUAUUAGAAGAACGAUUUUCGGCAGGACUAAUCUUCAUGUUGCCUUGGCACACGAAGACCUAGCUUACGCUCUCUACGUGCACGAAUACAGUUCCGGCAGAUUCGACGAGGCGAGCGAUAACGCUGGAAUAGCUAUAGACAUUAUGGAGAGACAUUUACCCCCGAAUCACUUGAUGCUCGCGAGCGCUAGGAGAAUAAAGGCGCUUAUUCUCGAAGAAAUCGCUAUAGAUAACGCAUCCACGCCGUUGUCGGAGCAAAAUCUCUUACUCAAGUCCGAGUGUCUUCAUUUGUCCGCUUUGGAAAUGUCGAAAACCGCGUUUGGCGAGAGAAAUGUGCAAACGGCGAAACAUUACGGGAAUCUGGGUCGCCUGUACCAGAGUAUGAGGAAGUUUCAGGAGGCGGAAGAGAUGCAUCUGAGAGCUAUUGGUAUUAAAGAAGAAUUAUUAGGACUUAACGACUACGAGGUAGGCUUGAGUGUAGGGCAUUUAGCUUCGUUGUAUAAUUUCCACAUGAACCGGUACAGAGAUGCCGAAAAGCUCUACCAUCGUAGUAUCUCAAUCAGCUUGAAGUUAUUCGGAGAAGGUUAUAGUGGUUUAGAAUACGAUUACCGAGGACUUUUACACGUGUACAGUAAGUUAGACGAUCACGAGAAAAUAGCGGAAUACACGGACACAUUGAAUCAUUGGAAGGAGAUGCGAGACAAACACGCUCAAUCCGAGGAACCACCGAUCGAUGUACAAAAACGUCCACAGCCAAUCAAGAACGUAAUGAAUGUGUUCUUUUCCAUGUGAUAUACCAAUAAUCUAAUUCGAAUUUUUAUGUCAUUAUAUAUUAUCAAGCAACUCGCUCGUCUCGUUACGUUUACAAGACAUUGGGCCAAAGUAGGAAAGGAAAGAAUAAAAAAAAAAGGUUACAACUCGCAUUAGAAAUUUGUAAAUUAACUCCAAUCUGAUCGUACGAGUUAAUAAUUACGUCUGUCUUUAUCUAUUUUAUAACACGUACGUAGAGUAUCGGUACCACGUAAGAUGUCGUAAGAAGUAAAUUGGAAUUAUCAGUGCGAUAUUAAAUAUAUUAAAUUCAAACGAUACAAUGUUGAAAAUAUUAACUUAAUUUAUCAAUUAUUUUCAGUAGUCUUGAUGAUAUUGCGAUAUAAACAUUGAUGGGGCUUUCUUCUUCUCUUUUUUUAUAGUUUGAGUUGCUGUGCUUGUUUUGAUUUAUAUUUAGACUUGAUAUUCAUGUUUUAUCUCGAUGUAUUAAAAAUUCUUGCGCAUAAAAAUAUAUCUUUUUUAAAUAUUUUGUAUUUAUAUAUAUAUAUAUAUAUCUCAUUUUAAUAUAAAUUUGUUUUAACCUGUAUUUGUAUAUAUGUAUGUUUUAUAUAUUUUACGAUUCGCUACUCGUUGCUGGCUCUACUUCCCAAAGAGAGUCGCUCAGGUUUCACAUAAAAUGUUUUUUUUUUUUUUGUUACGAUUGCUUGUCAAACGCAUUUAUGACAUGUUUAAUUUCAUUGUUCAUCUCAGGAUUACAUCGAUCAUAGGUCUUCACGCAUCGCAUAAUUUUUAAGUAACAAAAAAUAUUCAAAAUACAUGUGCGCCUGUGUUCAUAACAGUAAUGUAGUUAGAGAUAGAUAAUUAAAGCUAAUUAAAACUCGAUGAACAA